AUGAGGGCAAAGCAUGAAAACAAGGAGACUGCUCGCAGGGACUGGCAAGAAAAUUUCACUGCUCAGAAAAAGGCAGAGAUUCAGACCCGCAUGCAGACAAUACGUGGCCGCCGACAACAAGCCCAACAGUUCAUCAGGGCCCAGACAGAAGAGAAGAUUGCGUCAGCGAAGGCAAAAGCUAGAGCAGCUGAAUCGAAGUCGGAAUUCAUAGCCCGACAGAGGGCCGACGAAGAAGUGCUGAAUCAAGAAAUCGCGAGCCAUCGUGAUGCCCGCAUUGCCGAUAACAUCUACAAGGCAAGCCUUCUGCAGACCGAGCAGGUCAAGAGGAGGCUUCUCCAGCAGGAGAUGACUGCCCAACGACGAAUGAUGGUAGAGCAAGAGGCUGUCCGUCAGAGGGCCGCAUCUGCCGAGCGGCGGAGGGCUCGUUCCGAGUACAUGGAUGCCCGUCUCCGUGCCCACUCCGAGCAGCUGGAAGGCAAGCGCCAGGAGAGAGAGGCGAGGCUCGCCCACAAGCGACAACAAGUCGAGGCACGUCAUCAACGCCAUCAGGAGAUCAUGGAGCGAAUGAGAGAGCUGGACAUGCAACACCAUCAAACGAGCUCGCUGCUGAGGGAGUUGACGUGGCAGGCAGCCGUGAGUAACAGUCAGGACCGUCUCCUGCAGGAGCUCACGGCCGUUGCGCCACGAGUGGCUUCAGCACCUACGACGCCCAGGAGCCCUGGCGGAUUCACUAUGUCACCAGAAUCACAGUCAUGCCACACGCCACGACGAUUCAGCGCAGAUCGACUGGUUCCCGCGACACCCGGGAGCCCUGCCACUCUCCCACGGCCGGACAUCUCGCCACCACGAUCGCAGUGUCAGAACACGCCGCGGCGAGCCAAUGUGGAUCGGUCGGUUCCGGAGACACCCAGCAGCCCUGGCAGAUUCACAACGCCUUCACCAAGGGACAUAUCGUCCCCAGCAUCACAGUCCUGGGACAUGCUGCGGACAGUGAACGCAGAUCGGUUAAUUCCCCGUCCAUUUUGCUCGAGUAUGCAGACAGCUGCUAAGCCGAAUCUCUGGUUGUUCACGGCCGGGCUGCAGCCUCCGCCUCCUCCUUCCCCUCCUGCAGUCCCUCAGGUCAAUGUGGGCGCAUUAGCCCGCAUCCUCUGGUCGCCCCUGCCUGGGCCUGGACGCCAGCCGGUCGGCAUAGGCUCUGUUACCAGCUCAUCCUCCCUCGGGUCCCUCAGCUCCUUCAACGGCGGCGUGGAUGGCUGCGCCGUCCUGCACGGAAUUGUGAGUGGCUAG